UCAGUAGAGCUCAGACUGGUUGUCAGAGCAGUUCCUCUCCCCUGCCUAGUUACCAUCUCCCAAACACUGCCCUGACCUAUACCUGCAUAACUCUGUACCAGCCCUACUGGAGCUCUGUCCCCGCUCCUCUGCACUGGCUGUAGGGCAGGCAAGGGCUGUGCAGCAGUGGCCACAGUGAAUUAAGGGGAGAGCAUGAGUGGCUCUAGAGGUGCUUGCUACUGUUUAGACCCAUUCAUGGGGCCAGGCCCCAGGUGCAGCAAUGGGGAAAACAAAUGUGCCCCAGCUAAUGGGACGGGGGAGCAGGGUGUGUGUGUGUGUGAGAGUUCUUUGGGCAGUCAGGAAUAGGGUCCGUGUAGGGGUCAGGGCUCGCUGAGUGGCCCUCCAAGAUGCUGUAAUGCCACCGAUUUCCUCAUCCAGCCCAGGACGCGGUUUCUUUGGUGAUGCUGUGGCCAAUGGGCAGGGAGGCUCGAUUGGUAGCAGCGGCCGGGGCUGACGCUUAGUGCGGUGGUCUUAAAGCAUUAGACGUGCUGCACUUAGGCCAGUCUGCACAAGAUAGAGCAGAUGUGCUAAGUAAUGUCCUCUCUCCAGUCACUAGCUAGCAGCCCAUCUGCGCAGUGCUCUGGUUCCACAUCUCCUUUCCCUACCAAUCCCAGCGCUGGGCAAGGGGAAGUGCUGUACUCGUGCCUGCACCUGUUCAUAGACCUGUCUGAGAUGUUCCCAGGUAUCUGGCUUUGAGGAACAGGUUAGUGGGGCUGGGAGCUGGCCAACACCUGCCCCUUGCUCACAGCAACACCUGUGGAUGGGAGCUGCCUGCAGGACUCCCCCUCAUCUCUAGCUGGGAUUGACCGCAGCAUUGUGGGUGCAGCGGGGUGUGUAGCAACAUUGCUCCACGAUGCAGCUAUGAACCCUGUGGAAGUGAUCAAGCAGAGGAUGCAGAUGUACAACUCACCGUACCAGCGGGUGACGGACUGUGUGCGGGCCGUAUGGCGCAACGAAGGGGCCGGGGCCUUCUACCGCAGCUACACCACCCAGCUCACCAUGAACAUCCCCUUCCAAGCCAUCCACUUCAUGACUUAUGAGUUUCUGCAAGAGCAGCUCAACCCCCAAAGACAAUAUAACCCUGGCUCCCAUGUGGUCUCAGGAGCCUGCGCGGGUGCUGUGGCCGCUGCUGCUACCACACCAUUGGACGUUUGCAAAACGCUGCUCAACACCCAGGAGUCCCUGGCCUUGAACUCCAACAUCAGUGGACAUAUCACAGGCAUGGCCAAUGCCUUCAGGACGGUGUACCGAGUGGGCGGUGUGACCGCCUACUUCCGUGGGGUCCAGGCCCGGGUCAUUUACCAGAUGCCCUCCACAGCCAUUGCUUGGUCCGUGUACGAGUUUUUCAAAUACAUCCUCACCAAGCGUCAGGAGGAGCGCCGGGCUGGGAAGUGAGUCAGAGCUUGGCCCUGCUCUGGGCCCACAUAAUCUCCCCUCCCUGCCUCUGCCUCUCGGUGUCUCCCUUUGGUUUGGUUUGUGCUGGAGAUGGGGAGG